GUCAUAAGGAUGCGCCGCGUUCCUGUAUGUGUGAUUCAGCUGAAGAAAGGACAAACACAGAGAAAAACUCCUGGUGAAGUACUAUUAUAAAGAUGGCAUUUAUUAAAGAGGAGAGUCAAGACAUGAGGAUUGAAGAAACAUUCAGUUUGAAACAAGAAGAAACUGAGGAACAAAUAAAGAUGGCGUUUAUUAAAGAAGAAAGUGAAAACAUGAAGAUUGAAGAAACAUUCAGAGUGAAACAUGAAGAAACUGAGGAACAAACAGACCUGAUGGCACUGAAAAAGGAGACUGAAGUACUUGAUGAAAUCGAAGAGAAAGAUCAAUAUAAGAAUCAUCAUGAUUUUAUAACUGGAGAAAAAACUUUCAGUUGCUCACAGACUGUAAAUACUUCCUCACAAAAAAAAGCUCAAAAGGCUGGGACUAAAAAUCACUUCAUCUGCCAACAGUGUGGAAAGAGUUUCAAUAGAAAAGGAAACCUUGAAGCCCACAUGACUAUUCACACUGGAGAGAAGUCUUAUACAUGCCCUCAGUGUGGAAAGGGUUUCAAUAAAAUGGGACACUUUGAAGACCACAUGAGAAUUCACACUGGAGAGAAGCCUUUCACCUGCCAGCAGUGUGGAAAAGGAUUCACUCAAAAAGGACACUUUGAAGACCACAUGAGAAUUCACACUGGAGAGAAGCCUUUCACCUGUCAGCACUGUGGAAAAGGAUUCACUCAAAAAGGUCAGUUUAAUGUCCACAUGAGAACUCACACUGGAGAGAAGCCUUACACAUGCCCUCAGUGUGGAAAAGGAUUCACUCAAGAAGGACGGUAUGAAGUCCACAUGAAAAUUCACUCUGGAGAUAAGCCUUUCACCUGCAAACAAUGUGGGAAAAGUUUCAAUCAACAAGGAAACCUUCAUAGCCACAUGAGAAUUCACACUGGAGAUAAGCCAUAUAAAUGCCCUCAGUGUGGAAAGGGUUUCAAUAAAAUGGGACACUUUAAAGACCACAUGAGAAUUCACACUGGAGAGAAGUCUCGUACAUACUCUUUCACCUGCCAGCACUGUGGAAAAGGAUUUGCUCAAAAAGGACACUUUGAAGACCACAUGAGAAUUCACACUGGAGAGAAACCUUUCACCUGCCAACAGUGUGGAAAAAGUUUCAACCGAAAAGGAAGCCUUAAACAACACCUGAGAAUUCACACUGGAGAGAAGCCUUUCACCUGCCAGCACUGUGGAAAAGGAUUCACUCAAAAAGGACACUUUGAAGACCAUAUGAGAAUUCACACUGGAGAGAAGCCUUUCACCUGCCAACAGUGUGGAAAAAGUUUCAACCGAAAAGGAAGCCUUAAACAACACCUGAGAAUUCACACUGGUGAGAAGCCUUUCACCUGUCAGCACUGUGGAAAAGGAUUCACUCAAAAAGGACACUUUGAAGUCCACGUGAGAACUCACACUGGAGAGAAGCCUUACAUAUGCCCUCAGUGUGGAAAGGGUUUCAAUCAUAAAGGACACCUUAAAAACCACUUGAAAAUCUACUCUGGAGAGAAGUCUUGUACAUACCCUUUAACCUGCCAGCAGUGUGGAAAAGGAUUCACUAAAAAAGGACAGUAUGAAGCCCACAUGAGAAUUCACACUGGAGAGAAACCUUACAGCUGCCAGCACUGUGGAAAAGGAUUCACUCAAAAAGGGCACUUUGAAGAUCACAUGAGAAUUCACACUGGAGAGAAGCCUUUCACUUGCCAACAGUGUGGAAAAAGUUUCAAUCGAAAAGGAGUCCUUAAACAACACCUGCGAAUUCACACUGGAGAGAAGCCUUACAGCUGCCAGCACUGUGGGAAAGGAUUCACUCAAAAAGGACACUUUGAAGUCCACAUGAGAAUUCACACUGGAGAGAAGUCUUAUAAAUACCCUUUCACCUGCCAGCACUGUGGAAAAGGAUUCACUCAAAAAGGACACUUUGAAGAUCACAUGAGAAUUCACACUGGAGAGAAGCCUUUCACCUGCCAACAGUGUGGAAAAAGUUUCAACCGAAAAGGAGUCCUUAAACAACAUCUGAGAAUUCACACUGGAGAGAAGCCUUUCACCUGUCAGCACUGUGGGGAAGGAUUCACUCAAAAAGGACAGUUUAAUGUCCACUUGAGAAUUCACGCUGGAGAGCAACCUACCAUUUGCUGACGGAAAGCACAAAAUUACCGUAAUAACUCAUAUAUUGCAGAAAAGCCCAUGUUGUCUAACAUCUGUAGCAUUUUGAAUUAUUAUCAUAGCGUAAAUUAUUCAAUAGUUACUGUAACAUGAAUACAGCUUGGUUGGACGUGUCACUGACGACACAUCUGGUUUUAAAGGGUUAAGAGCCAGGGGUGAAAACAUUUUAAUAUAUAUUUAGUGCUGCCCUUCAGAAGCAACAGAAUAUGCUUGCAUGUUUCCUGGAUGACAAAUUAAAUACAAUUUACCUUGAUCUUCAAAUUCAAAACGUUUUACAUCCCUGGCUCUUAAUGCAACAUGUUUCCUUCUGGAGAAUCAGUAAAUGUUUGAACCCUUUUGAAUAUUUGUGUCUUAGUUCCUCAAUCAUCCUCAAUGUGAAAAGAUGGAUCUCAAAAUCGUACAGUCACUGCUCGAAAGGGUUCAAAUAUGGGAGAAAAAAAUCAUUGAAAACUGAAGGAUAUGCAGGACCUGAAGGAUUUUCUGAAGAACAUUGGGCAGUUUAACUGCUCAGAACAAACAAGGGACUCAUGAACAACCACCACAAAAUAUAUAUAUAUAUAUAAAAAAACAGUUGUAGAUCAUCCAGGUAAACACACA